ACUGAGGCCAGGACUCUCCUUGGGGUUUGCGGGCGGCUGGUUUGGGUUCGUCUUCUGGACAGGCUCCAGAGGGCCGGGUAGAGGUCAUAGGGACCGGGAGGGGUGACCUUUGAGGGUCCUCAUUGAGGUCUUUGGGACGCAGCCUCAUCGGGGCUGGGGGUCCCGGGAUUGUAAGGAACAAGAAGGCCCCACAGUCUUGGUUGAAGGGUCUCAGCGACCGAGCCUCCGCCCGUGAGCGCAGGACGAAGCGGCUGGCGAAACAGAAUUGUGGCGGAGGGUAGAGCCUUAGCUGAGCCUGGGAGGGGGCUGUCCCUCCGAGCCCGACCCUCCCUCCCUCGGCUCGCCCGCAGGCCACCGCCCGCCGCCAUGGGGCUGAAGGCCGCCCAGAAGACGCUGUUUCCUCUGCGCUCUAUCGACGACGUGGUGCGCCUGUUCGCUGCGGAGCUGGGCCGAGAGGAACCUGACCUGGUGCUCCUCUCUUUGGUCCUGGGCUUCGUGGAGCAUUUCCUGGCUGUCAACCGUGUCAUCCCCACCAACGUGCCCGAGCUCACUUUCCAGCCCAGUCCUGCACCCGACCCUCCUGGCGGCCUCACCUACUUCCCGGUGGCCGACCUGUCCAUUAUUGCUGCCCUCUAUGCCCGAUUCACCGCCCAGAUCCGAGGCGCUGUCGACCUCUCCCUCUACCCUCGAGAGGGGGGCGUUUCCAGUCGCGAACUGGUAAAAAAGGUCUCCGAUGUCAUAUGGAACAGCCUCAGCCGCUCCUACUUCAAGGACCGUGCCCACAUCCAGUCCCUCUUCAGCUUCAUCACAGGCACUAAACUGGACAGCUCAGGUGUGGCCUUUGCAGUGGUGGGGGCCUGCCAGGCCCUGGGUCUCCGAGAUGUCCAUCUGGCCCUGUCUGAGGAUCAUGCUUGGGUGGUGUUUGGGCCCAAUGGGGAACAGACAGCUGAGGUCACCUGGCAUGGCAAAGGCAAUGAAGAUCGCAGGGGCCAAACAGUCAAUGCUGGUGUGGCUGAACGGAGCUGGCUGUACCUAAAAGGAUCAUACAUGCGUUGUGAUCGCAAGAUGGAGGUGGCGUUCAUGGUGUGUGCCAUCAACCCUUCCAUUGACCUUCACACUGAUUCCUUGGAGCUGCUGCAGCUGCAGCAGAAGCUGCUUUGGCUGCUGUAUGACCUGGGACAUCUGGAAAGGUACCCCAUGGCUCUAGGGAACUUGGCAGAUCUGGAGGAGCUGGAGCCCACCCCUGGUCGGCCAGACCCACUCACGCUCUAUCACAAGGGAAUUGCCUCAGCCAAGACCUACUACCAGGAUGAGCACAUCUACCCCUACAUGUACCUGGCUGGCUACCACUGUCGCAACCGUAAUGUGCGCGAAGCCCUGCAGGCCUGGGCCGACACUGCCACUGUUAUUCAAGACUACAACUACUGCCGGGAGGAUGAGGAGAUCUACAAGGAAUUCUUUGAAGUGGCCAAUGAUGUCAUACCCAAUCUGCUGAAGGAGGCAGCCAGCCUGCUAGAAGCAGGCGAGGAGCGGCCAGGGGAGCAGGCUCAGGGCACCCAGAGCCAAGGUUCUGCCCUCCAGGACCCAGAGUGCUUUGCCCACCUGCUGCGAUUUUAUGAUGGCAUCUGCAAAUGGGAGGAAGGCAGCCCCACACCAGUACUGCAUGUGGGCUGGGCCACUUUCCUUGUGCAGUCCCUAGGCCGCUUCGAGGGACAGGUGCGGCAGAAGGUGCACAUAAUUAGCCGUGAAGCAGAGGCAGCAGAGGCUGAAGAACCAUGGGGGGAUGAAGCCCGAGAAGGCCGGCGGCGAGGUCCUAGACGGGAGUCCAAACCUGAGGAACCGCCCCCACCCAAGAAGCCUGCACUGGACAAGGGCCCUGGCUCUGGGCAAAAUGCAGGGUCAGGACCACCCCGGAAAACACCAGGGAUUGUCCCAGGUACUGCCCGUGGCCCAGAAGCCAGCAGUGCUGCUCAGGGUCCAGCACCUGCAGCAUCACCACCACCGGAGGGCCCAGUGCUCACUUUCCAGAGUGAGAAGAUGAAGGGCAUGAAGGAGCUACUGGUGGCCACCAAGAUCAACUCGAGUGCCAUCAAGCUACAACUCACUGCGCAGUCGCAAGUGCAGAUGAAGAAACAGAAAGUGUCCACACCCAGCGACUACACACUUUCCUUCCUUAAGCGGCAGCGCAAGGGCCUCUGAACUGUUGGGGAUUCCCUGACCAGGCCCUGGGCCCUGCCCUCACUCCCAGGAGGUUUCACCCUAGUUCCCAAUUCAAGCCCAGACUGCCCACAGUCCUAGGGGGCCCAGAGCUGUCCUGCAGUGACUGGGAACCUUCAGUUAGCUCCUUUAGGCUGUGGCUCAGUUCUUAGAAUCUAGGCUUCAUCUCCCACCUGCCAGCCAAUUGGAACCUCAUUGUAGGUCUGUGUAACCAAUCUUUAAAGGUCCAACCCCCAAAAUUGAGUAGACCAUGACAGGAACCCUAGUCAAGUCUGAGCAGUUCGGCAUUCCUCCCACUUUGGGGCUGAGGUUGACCUUAGCCCAGAAACACAGAUGCUACCUGUAAAAUGGAGAACCAAGGACUCCAAUCCCUAGGGGUAGAUUUCUGGCCUUUGGGAAUCCAGUCUCCUACCCCAAAGAACUUACAUAUUACUGCCUGAAUUUGGAAAUCUUUGCUUCCUCGCCUCCCUAACCCCAGAGUCCAGGACAUGAAGCUUCGACUCUUGUCUGUGACUACUGAGCCUCGCCCCCUUCCUGACCAAACUGGCCCUAGACCAGAGCAGGACCUCUUCCAACCCUCUGGGAACCUCCCCGAGGUCCCGGGAGGAAAUCUGCACGGGGUGGGGGAGGGCCAGUCUCUUCCUGUUUUGUACAUAGAUUUAUUUUUUAGUUCAAGGAAGAUAAAUACAUUUUGUUAAGAAAAAAAAUCAAA